CGAAGCUGUUCACCACGUAUGCGGGCCAUGAGAAUCGGCAAGCAGAGUCCGGCAGGCCGAGGCCCCUGCUGGUUCGAGAGGCGGCCGAAAUAACGUCGGCCGCUCCAGUGUACUUUCCGGCCAAGCGUCUUGGGCCGUCCACUUCGUCAUACUAUGACGGGCUGGAGAUUCCAUUGCUACACGCGCGGUCCGAAGCGCUACGGCUUUGUCCUCGCAAGACGGUUCCUGAUUACAUCCUCUCGGCAGGUAACGGGGUGAUGAAGGCAACCCCGAACGGCAUGUCGAACUCACUGUCGCGCUUUGCUCACUUUAGCCUGGAAUCUCUGUGGGGACACCGGCAGUAUCAGAGACUAGGUGGGUCAGCGGGUGAAGCGUUCAAUGAGUUCCGCAUCGACCCCACUCUCGAUAUGGAAGCGGUGGCGCUGGACGACGCAGAUGCCAUAAGCAAGCUGAUUGGACAGCUGGACCGAGAAUUUCUCGUCAAUCAAGACCUGCAUCAGCGUGUGCAACAAAUCUCGCUAGUCAUGAUCGCCUCUCUAUUCUAUUUUUCAUUCGACACGACAACGCGAACAACUCGACGCGGUGAGAUACUCUGUAGAGGAUUCGUCGCUUGUAGGUAUGGAGACGACCCAUCUGUCACGAGAGUGCUCGCGACUCGGUUCAAGGGACUUUCCCUCGUGGUAGCUGGCAACGAGUAUGAGAUCGCUGCGGACGAGCGGACCGUCGUGAGCUUUACUUUACCGUCGUGGAGUGUUCCCUUGGAUAUCAGGCUUAAGUACAACGAUGCACCAGUCGUUGCGGAAGAGGAAGCUCUCUAG